AUGUCGACCACGAUCCUCUGUGAGGCUCGCGACCUUCGGGUCUUCCCCGCCUUGGAGAACGGGCAAUGGCUGGAAUCUGGCAGCGACAUCGCGCGGGGAUUGAGAGCGGGCAUGCGCAGUUAUGAAGUCGACGGCAUAUUCUGUCGUGGGGACCUGGAGCUUACGGACGAUGAUUGUAUCUAUACGUGGCUCCUGUUGCUGGGAAUGACCGGAGAGCGCGCCCCGAAACAAAACCAACUCCAUAUCGUGGUGGAGAUUGGAGGGGAGCAGCUACUGACCCGAGGAGUGAACCGUAUCUACUACGACGCGAUGAUGGAUUGCUCUCCGGUGGCGCCUGCUCAAAGUGAAUACUUCAGAGGGAAUCUGUUGGAAGCAUACAAGUGCGAUGCUGGCAACGGGAUGACCCGCUGUAUGCUGCUGAUUGCCGUCUUCCCCGCAGCGAUGGUCGUUGGUUCCUACCUGUUUCAUCGGCGUUACGACUAUCUGGCCGAACCAUUGAUGGCUCUGGACGAUAUCGAUGACGCGGGGAACGCAUUGUUACUGUUCGCUCCGUUCAGCCAGGCGCUGGAUCUCCAUCGGAUCAGCUUCGUCUACGACGAGAGCAGCGACCAGUUCCGCCUGAAAGUCUGUGAUGGAUCUCUGCUGCAACGACGACUAUUUGACGAACUGGACCAGAGCCAGCAGACUAUUCUGCUUCAAGACGAGGAGUUGCCUGAAGAUUCGAGAACGCAAGGCCCGAGAAUGGCGCCGGGAGCAGAUAUCGAUCUUCAAACAACGUAUGGAGAUGUCAAUGGAAAAGCGCUGCGCUUCGAGACACUUGAGCGUCCGUACAGGCGCUGCGUCUACUUCCACGCCCAUCUAACGCAGUUUAAAGGUAGGCAACAUGGAUGGGCUGGAAGCGAUGAGGAAGGACAUCGAGGAGUUUUGGCCGGAAGGAGAGUCGUUAUCUCAGAAAAUGCAUCGCUUUCAUGCGAGUCAGUGCUAGAGCCUUGCAACGUCAAUGGUGGCGCAUGA